ACCUCCUCCUCCAGACGCGUUUUGUCCCUCAAAUUCAGGCGCCAGUCAAGCCAGCCAUUGGCUUGGUUUGGUUUUUAAACGCAAGCCCGCCCCAUUUAUAAGCGCUUAAUCAGAUGUUUGGGGGACUCAUAAAGGGCUUUUUUAAAAAAAAAGAAAAGAAAAGCCGUAGUUGCAGGGAGUUUUAGCAAAGCGCGGGACCAUCCCAAUCACCCCAGCCGCUUUCUCCGGCGUCCUCAACGCGCGAGCGUUUUUCUCCGCUGAGGCGCGUGGGCCUCGGCGUGGUUUGUGGAGCGAUUGCUGCCGCGCAAGCAGCACCGAGAUAAGCCAGGGGUGAAGGCUGGGGAAUGGCAUGGAGGCCCCGGCUUUUCCCUGGGUGAAAGACAGCGGCCCUACAGAGAGCCUGCCGGCUGCAGGACGACGGCCUGCGGACAUAAAAGAUAAAGAAGAUGCAACAUGGUAUUUCAAAACAUUGCAGUUGGCACUGGCUUUAGCAAUUAUCCGCUCCAAGCCACCAGAUAAAAGCAGCAAAGAAUAUGCAGUGCACCUGGCCAAUACAGUAUCUGAACAGGAUUCUAAAUGGAAAAUGAGAGUUGAAGCAUUAGAAAUGGAAGUUCUUCAUUUAAGGCAACAGCUUCUUUUGAAUAAAUGUUUUUCUGGAAUCAGUGUAAAAAACAGGAUUCUGCCACUUACAAGCCAGUCUGUGGCAGGUUCUAAUGCAACAGAGUGCAGUGACCUUUUUGAAGACUCUGGAUGUGAUAUCUCAAGUGAUUGUACAGAAAACCUGCCUAGUUUAAGCCUCAGGGGACAGGAUUUCAACAGUCUGGGCCCUCCCGUUUUGUCAAAUGUACUUCCCACAUUGACUUCCAGCAAGAAUCAAUCUGUGAUGCUGCACAUGCAGUUCCUACAACAUUUCAUUGAACUAAGAAAUCUGGCAGAGUCCAAUAGUGCGAAAAAAGAUUUGAUGAAACUUGGAAGGGAUUGCUCUGUGGUGUCCAAUUCUUUUUCCCAGUUACUCGAUGGUCUGGUUACAUCAUAUAACCUUCCUGAACAACCCUUUCCAGAUUUUAUGGCUCAGGCUGUUUUUGUCAUAGCUAAAUUCUUAAAUGAUGCUGAUUUUUCUUGUUGGAUAUUGGGAAGGUGUUUUAAAAAGUUGGAAGACUCUGUGGAAAGACUUGUACAAAUUAUUUUAAACAGCAACUAUCUCAACAGAUUUCAGAUUCAGAAUUCCAUCUCCCAUACCCUUGUUCUGUUUGGACAAUGUAGCAUACUGAAGCGUUCUACAAUAUCCCUGCUUUUCAGAGAAAUCAGUCAAUUUGCUAAUAAAUUGCAGCAUGCAAACAAGAUUCAAGCCAAAUACAGUGUACAGUAUGAAAAUAUUUUCUUUCUGUGUAACAUUUUGGAACAGCUUCUUGAAACCCAAACAGAGCAAAAAAACAAAACCAGUCUUGGUUAUGAAGAAAAAGAGAAGAAAAAGUUUUUGCAGGACAUUGAUCAAGCGGUCCUCCAUCUCUCUGAUGAGUUUCCUUUGUUCUGUAUUUAUUUAUGGCGCCUGGGUACACUUUUGAAUGCAGCACAAACAGAACUUCAAGGAAGAAACUGACCAGCUUUUGGUAAGAAAGAGGCAGGAAGCAACUAAAAUUCUCCACUGAAUGAGAAUGAAGCUCUGAAGCAAAGGUGUUAAUAAAUUUUUAUUUUAUUGGUGUCAGA